UCUCUCUGUGUCCCUCCCUCCCUCAGACACCCCCGCAUCGCCCCUCUCUCUCUCCCUCUGUCCGCUUGUCUCUCUAAAGACGAACAUCUCGUCGCCUCUCUCUCUCUCUCUUUCUCUCCACACGGCAAACAUGUCCGCAAACGGCGCCGCCGGGGACCUGCUGCAGAUCCCUCUGGGGCUCAUCAACAGCGAGGGCAAGUAUCUGACGGCGGAGACCUUCGGCUUCAAAGUCAACGCGUCGGCCAGCAGCCUGAAGAAGAAGCAGACCUGGACCCUGGAGCAGACCGGGGAGGACGGCAGCGCCGUGUUCCUGCGCUCCCACCUGGGCCGCUACCUCGCCACGGACAAAGACGGCAACGUCACCGCGGACAGCGAGACGCGCGGCGGCCGCGACUGCCGCUUCGUGGUCACCGCGCACGAGGACGGGCGCUGGUCGCUGCAGUCGGAGCCGCACGCGCGGUACCUCAGCGGCAGCGAGGACCGCAUCACCUGCUUCGCGCAGGCGGCCACGCCGGCGGAGCGGUGGAGCGUGCACCUGGCCGUGCACCCGCAGGUCAACCUGUACAGCCUGGCGCGCAAGCGCUACGCGCACCUGAGCACGCGCGCGGAGCCGCACGAGGUGGCGAUAGACCGCGACGUCCCCUGGGGGGUGGACGCUCUCGUGACGCUGGUCUACCGGGACCAGCGCUACCACCUCGAGACCUCUGACAACCGCUUCCUCCGCAACGACGGCAGCCUGUCCACGAGCACGGACAAGGACACCGGCUACGUGCUGGAGUUCCGCUCCGGGAAAGUGGCUUUCCGCGACUGCAACGGCCGCUACCUGGCGCCCGGGGGCCCGACCGGCACCAUGAAGUCUGGGAAAAGCACCCGGGCCGGGAAGGACGAACUGUUCGGCCUGGAGCGGAGCCACGCGCAGGUCGUGCUGACUGCAGGCAACGAGAGGAACGUGUCCACGAGGCAAGGCAUGGACCUGUCGGCCAAUCAGGACGAGGAAGGGGACCAGGAAGUCUUCCAGUUGGAGAUGAGCCGCGAGGACAGGAAGUGUGCCUUCAGAAGCGCUUCUGGGAAAUACUGGACUCUGACAGCGAGUGGGGGACUGCAGUGCACCGCCUCCAACAAGUCGGCUGACAGCUUCUUUGAACUGGAGUGGCGUGACGGGCGUGUGUGUGUGCGCGCAGCCAACAACAAAUAUGUGAUCGCCAAGAGGAACGGGCAUCUGGCGGCUACUGUUGACAGCGCAGGGGAGGCCGAACAGUUCCUGAUGAAGCUGAUCAACCGUCCGAUCAUCGUCCUCCGCGGGGAGCACGGCUUCAUCGGGGCUCGUAAAGCAGGGACGGCGACCCUGGACUCCAACCGCGCGUCCUACGAUGUUUUCCAGCUGGAGUUCCACAACGGAGCUUACGCCCUGAAAGACUCCCAGGGGAAGUACUGGUGUGUCGGAGACGACGCGGCGGUGAGCUGCAGCAGCGCCACGCCCGUCCAGUUCCUGUUUGAGUUCUGUGACCUCAACAAGAUGGCCAUCCGGGCUCUGGGGGGGAAGUACCUCAAAGGGGACCAUGCUGGAGGGCUGAAGGCCAGCGUCGACUCGCUGGACAGCGCCACCCGCUGGGAAUACUGAGAGAGAGAGAGAGAGAGGGAGGGCACAGCUGGCCUUCUCCUCUAUUCAUUGAGAGCUGUUUUUUUUUUCCAUAUGCGUGAGUGCGUGUUUGUGUGUGUGUGUGUAUUUGUGAACUGGUCUGGAUGUGUGUGUGUGUGUCUGUGUGUGUGUGGUGGAAAUUGAAGCUGAUAAACUGGAAGUCAUGGCACCCAAAACUCUUUAUUUUCCCUUUCUCAAUCAGUAUCUCUUCUCCCUGGGAUUUUUUUUUUCUUACUGGAGAUUUGGAUGUACGAUGACUUGUCGUGUUAAUGAGCGAAUAAUAGCGUGAUUAUUUGUUUCACUUAACACAAGCUGUACCUGACAAACAUCGUGGGGUAUUGCUGUUAUUCGUUGUGUGCCUCUGCGUGGUAACUCCUGCUGUAAGCCAACAUAUAGAAUGCUUUAACGCAUCAUAUCUCGCCUUCGCCUGGUGAAUGUCUUGCCGGCUCUAUUGCGCUGCUUUCAUCUGCUGCUCUUUUUCUUUUUCUUUAACUAUCAAGCACAACACGACAUCAGAUAGAUAGAUGUUAGAUUUACAUGUUUCUGCUGUAAAUAAAAGCCGUCUUUGUCGUUGAAUGCUUAAAAAAAUAGUAACCAUAGAAACUGAGUGCAAAAAGGUGUGUUGAGGGUGUAAAGAAAGAAAAAAAUGGGGAGCUGGCUGGCAGAUCUAAGAUGUUCUUUGCCUGUGUGCUACUUGCUGCACCUCCUCAGAUUUCCUUUUGAUGGAGACAGCAAGUAGUCAAAGGGUCCCCUUAAAGACUGUCAUCCACUCCUUUUUUUAUUAUUACAGUGAAUAAAAGGAGCUCUUCUGAUUCACCUCGUAGAAGGCUUCUUAGUGAGUGGUUGUCCGCAUAAGGCCGAGUCGCCACACUCUCAAAUGCACAAACGUAUGCAGUCAUAGAUGCAUUAACUCCUGUGACUCAAAGUCUGCACAAUAAUGUCGACAAGUGAAAAGCACACGUUUGUCUGAUACGGGGUGGGUGCUGCUGUCGGUGGGUAAACGCAACGAAAGCGUCUCUCUGGCUGUAACUAUACAGCCGUGCCUUCCAUAGAGCACUUCAGUCUUUUUCAUGUUCUUACACAAUAAAGUUUUUCCUCUUAA